AAAAGCACAUGUUUGAAAGUUAGUUUAAAUUUUUAUGCAAUGAAUAUCAAAAUUCUGAGCCAAAUCGAUAAUCUAUAAGGUUCAGCCUCCCUAGAUUGUUUUCCUAGGGAUAUGUGACAACCAAACAGGCCUCAGAUGAUUUAAUGUCCCCCUACCAUAAGUCGCUCUUUGGACUAAGAGGGACAAUUUGGUGUGCUUGUGUUGUAAGCGUAGAUUUUGGUGUACCCCAGAAACUAGGGAAAUCCCUAAAGAUUUAUCUGAAAAAAGAAUCAGAUGGUUCCUUUCUCCCCUUGAAUAUGGAGUCCAGAAUCCUAACGAUCGCAGCUCCCCAGCAGCUUCCCAUGUUCUACUUCCGGGGAUUGUUUCAACAAGCCAGGGCAUUCCAUUUUUUGGUGGUUCUGUUGUGUACCUACUUUUGUCUCACUACCUGUGAACAAUGCUCCAUGAAUGGGAUGCUGAUAUCUGCAGAAUAUGAUGGAUGUGAUUUUUAUGGAGAUUAUCAUCAGAUGGGUUUUCAAGAAAUUGUUGUUGGCGAUACCAGUUCAGGCUACAUUGCUAGAUCUCCAAGGACUCAGAUGAGCAUUGAGGGUGUCUGCACUAAUUCUCAUUCAUUCUGCUUUCCUUCAACUUUGCCUGGUCUUCUGCCUGAACAUCAUAAACUUAAAAAAGCUGCUUUAGAAGUUGUUAGAAGCCACUUGGAUAAACCAUCUUAUUUAGAAUCAACUGAGUCUUGGGGGAAGGAAGCUAACAAAAGUUGGUCUUCAUACCAGGCUAUGUUUAAGUUAUUAAAUGGCAGGAUAAUUUCUUGUUCUCUAAAUUUCCGAGAUGGGGUUCGUGAUUUUUCAUCCAUUCAAACUGAUGGUACUGACCAAAAUGGCCAUUCUCUGUGUAGAGGACCAUUACUAAAUCAGAAGAGCGGAAGUGUUAGGAACACAUACAAAGAGGUGACUCAAUUGGGUUCUUUUGGAAUUGCUUCUUUGCCGAAUGUAGAAAUAAGCCCACCUGUUAUGGAUUGGGGAGAAAAGUCAAUGUUUAUUCCUUCAGUAGCAUACUUGACUGUGGCUAAUACAUGCAAUGAAAGCAUUUUACAUGUCUAUGAACCAUUCAGUACCAACAUACAGUUCUAUCCGUGCAAUUUUAGUGAGACUUUGUUAGGGCCUGGUGAAGCAGCAUCAAUUUGUUUUUUCUAUUUACCUAGAUGGCUGGGCUUGUCAUCAGCUCACCUGAUUUUGCAGACAAGCUCUGGUGGUUUCCUGGUUCGGGCAAGGGGGUUUGCUGUUGAGUCUCCAUAUGGUAUUAAGCCAGUAGUAAGCUUGAAUGUUCCUUCUCGAGUAUCAAAAAAUUUAUCUUUGUUUAACCCUCUCAAUGAAACCCUAUAUGUGAAAGAAAUUACUGCAUAUCUAUCAGUUUCUCUUGGGAAUACUACCCACCACACUCAAGCAGUAUGUACCAUUGAAAACUUUCCAGGUUAUAAUGAGUACAGCUUGCUCAGUUCUGAGGACUGGUUGGUUUUGGAGGGGGCUCCAUUUGGUAUUCCUCUCAUGGCUAUGAGGCCCCAUAGAAGCUGGGAAGUUAAUCCCUACAGUAUUGAGACACUCAUAGAGUUAGAUUUAUCCUUUCGCUCCCAAGGAAAAAUUUCUGGUGCUUUUUGUUUGCAGUUAUUAAGAUCUACACAAGAUAAGGCUGAUACAGUUAUGGUUCCUGUUGAGGUAGAUUUGGAGCGAAAAUCAUCCAAUGAUAAUGCAGGUCUUGUUUCAGUUUCUCUCGAGGCUGUGUUGCCAUAUGACAGUGAAACUGGUAUUGUGACCAUCUCUUUGAGAAAUGAUGCUCCUUACAUGUUGAGUAUUGUUAAGAUUACUGAACUUGCAGACACUAGACUUCUCCAUAUCAAGUACUUGGAAGGAUUGCUGUUAUUUCCCAAUGCUAUUACACAGGUUGCCAUGAUUACUUGUGCUCAUCUGCCAGUUGAAAUGCAUGAUUCUCCUGAAUUUUCUAAUAUCAUCAGGAAUUGUAAAUUGCUUGUACUGACUAAUGACUCGAUUGGUCUUCCGAUAGAAGUUCCUUGUGAGAAUGUAAUUCACAUUUGUGAGAAAUGCAGAAAAGUUGGUUAUGAGCAUCAGUCUGAAAAGGUUGAAUCUGGCAAUAUGAAGACAGGUUCCUUGGAUGUUGACCUGCAAUUGGCAUCAUGGUUCAAGGGACUGGGAACAACAGAAGCUGAUGAAUUGUUUUUGGAAAAUUGGAAAUCUCAAGCUAGCACAAGUGGUAUGUCAGUGCUUGAUGAUAAUGAAGUACUGUUUCCAGUGGUCCAAGUUGGAACUCACUUCUCUAAGUGGAUCACUGUAAGAAAUCCUAGCAAGCAGCCUGUUAUCAUGCAGCUUAUUCUUAAUGCAGGAGAAAUUAUUGAUGAGUGCCAGGGGAAAGAUGGCUCUAUAAACCCACUGUCAUCUGGUGGUUCUGUUUAUACUGUUUCUGCUAAAGCAGUGGCAUCUGGGUUCUCCUUGGCAGAGAGUGCAGUCACAGAAGCCUAUGUUAAUCCUCUUGGUAGAGCAUUAUUUGGGCCAAUAUUGUUUCACCCUUCUGAUCGAUGUGGAUGGAGAAGCUCAGCUCUGAUAAGGAACAAUCUUUCUGGUGUUGAGUGGAUAUCUUUGAGGGGAUUUGGAGGGUCUUUUUCUUUAAUCCUGCUUGAGGGUCCUGAGCCUAUCUGGAGUAUAGACUUUAACCUCAAUGUGCCAAUUCCUCUAAACAUCUCUCUUCCAGACAUGUUUUUACAGACAGAAGAGAACACUAAAGCCUGUUCUCAGCCAUUUCUAAAAGUGCUGUAUGCCAAGAACACUGGAGAGUUACCACUUAGGGUUAGAAGCAUUGGAGUUUCUGGGUCAGAGUGUGGAUUGGAUGGUUUUAUGGUGCAUAAUUGUAAAGGUUUUUCUCUUGAACCUGGUGAGUCAACAAAGCUUCUGAUUUCAUACCAGGCCAAUUUUUUCGCAGCUACAUUAUGUAGGGAUCUUGAACUGGCCUGCGCUACUGGAAUUCUUGCCAUACCAAUGAAGGCAAGCCUCCCUGUUUAUAUGCUUAAUAUUUGUAAGAAAUCAAUGUUCUGGAUGCAUCUGAAGAAGCUAUCUAUUGCUGCUUUUCUUUGUGGUUCCUUAUUGUUUCUUCCAUUCUGUCGCAUCUUUUGCCAUCAAGAUUGCUUCUAUAAGAGUGAGAAAAGUCACGUUACCACAAUUAGAAGUGGAGCAAAAUCUUCUCGUACGAAUCGAAGUCAGAGAAACAAUAAGUCUUCUGUAUCCACCGAUAUGAUUGGUUUGUUAAGUUCAGGUGGGGAGGAUAAAUUGUUGAAGAAGACAUCUAAUAGUGGAUAUCCUAAUGGUGAUGUUGGGGCCUUGGAACUGGGGCCAACUGCUCCACAUGGAAAACCAACUGAAGAAAAUGACAGACAAAUUAACAGUUUGUUGGAUACUGAAAAGGAAAAUCCAUUGCCAUCUUUGUUCCCAAAAUCUCUUGCAGCUGAAGAUUCUGAUACAUUGGAAGUGUCUCAGCAUGGUCAUCUCACUAUCAGGACAGGAAAGGAGAAGGGAAGAAGGCGAAGGAAGACCAAGGGUGUGGCUGCAGGACUAACAGGUUUAGUUGAAGUUUCAAGUAGUCAAAGUGGAAAUUCUACCCCUUCAUCUCCCUUUUCACCUCUCACUUCUAUAACGCCUGGUCGUACAUGGUUGUUUGCUCCUAAUGCGGACCAAUCUAUUGAGGUUAGAAACCCAUUUACACAAUUGGCUGACCAGACCUAUAAGAAGGUUCAAGCAGCUGAGCCUCCUUCUAAGGCAAACUUGUCAGAGUCCAAGGUUUCUCUGGAGGAUGUUGGUAAGAACUGUUAUUUUUCCACUCAAGAGCAGUCUUCAGCACCAAGGAAGAAUGUUACAAAACCUGUUCUGUUGCCUUCUGCCACUUUUCCUUGUGCUGGUAGGGUUACUCCUAAAGUAUUUUGCUCCUCUCCUUUGGUUUUAACAUCAACCAUUGCUCCCCAUGCACGAGCUCCUGGGUCCAACCUCUGCAAUCAGGAUAAAGUAGAAGGAAAGAAAAAUUUAAAGAAUGAAUAUACAUAUGAUAUUUGGGGUGAUCAUUUUUCUGGAAUCCAUAGAAUGGGGAGAUCAAAGGAUGUUGUUUAUGUGAAAUCCAGUCCUAGAGACAGUGACUCUGAUAGUUUCUUUGUAAGGGGUCCACAAGCCCUCAUGACAAGGUCUGAACCAAAAAUUGUACGUUGUCUUCAUCAAGAUGGUUAAUGAUAAUUUACUAGUUACCAAAUAAUCACUAUAUUUCUUGCAGCCCCUGCCUUGAUCCCUUAUAGUAUUUCUGCUCAUCUCCAAAUGUGCAAAGAUGCAACUUGGAAGCAUACUUGCAUUUAGGCAGGCAUGCUUGGAUAUCUGCAGAGACAUAUCUCGCCUAUGGUUACCAUUCAUUCUACUGCAUCUUUAAUCUAUUUUAGCAUAUGAACCCAUAUCCUUCUGCAUGGUUAUUCUUCUAUUCUGUUAACCCAAAUGAUCAUGUGUUCAUCAGUUGGCUUUGUGUUUGUCUUGGUAUGUGUCUUAGCAGAUAUGGAGAAUAUACUGCUAGCAAGUGCUGGCUCCUUUCCAUAAGUACUAGACAUAGCCUUUAAAAUUUUAAUUAGCAAGCCUAAAAAUGCACUGCUAAGAUAUAAUGACAUGAUAAAUUAACUCAAAACAGUAAACUGAAAAGAGGGCUGCCAAUUUUAUCUUUUGCCAUAUUAAGCAUAUACCUGGAAAAAAAAUAAAUAAAUGUUUUACAUUAUAAUUUUCUAUUGAAGGGUGAAGAACACAUUUUCAUUUUGCAGUGUUUGUCUCAUAUUUAGAUUCUUUAUUUUAAUUUCUACAACUGAUAUUGUGGCAAAACUUUCUGUAAUUUAAAUAUUGUUAUGUAUUCUGAUGAAAGGAUCUUAAAUAUUACAUUUUUGCAUUUGUAUGCGGUGUGCAUAAUGUUUAUUCCGUAUGCAUUAGUGAUUCUCACAAGUUGGGGACUGUUUUCUUUUCUUUACCUUUUUGAACUUUUUUUAAUGAGGAGAGGGAUUUGAGUCCAGCACUUAAAAGUUGGGAAACAUACAUUAGAUACCAAUUCAGCUACAAGCUUAGGAGCCUGUUUAUUGAAGCUUGUAACACAUAUAUUAGCACAAAGUAAACUGUUACCAAACAGCUAAAUAAGAUUAUUCUUACUUU